CCCGCGAAACCCAGCCCGCCCUGCCCGCCCUGCCCGCGAAGCCCAGCUCGCCCUGGCGCAGGGUCGCGCGUCCCGCCGGCGCGGAGACCAGCCUGCUGACACGUCCGCGCUCUCCUCCUGUAGGGCUUGGUGGCUGUGGGCUACACUGAUGUGACCCCCUUCGCAACCAUGGGGCUCUUUGUGGCGUGUGCUGGAUUUGUUUUCCUUUCCGUGCUCCAUGUGCAGCAAGGGCUCUCUUCUCAAGCAAAAUUUACCGAGUUUCCGCGGAACGUGACGGCGACCGAGGGGCAGAAUGUGGAGAUGUCCUGCGCCUUCCAGAGCGGCUCCGCCUCGGUGUACCUGGAGAUCCAGUGGUGGUUCCUGCGGGGGACAGAGGACGCGGAGCCCGGGCCCGCGGCGGCCAGCGCGCAGGUGGAGCUCUUGCCCGACAGGGACCCGGACGGCGACGGGACCAAGAUCAGUACAGUGAAAGUCCAAGGCAAUGACAUCUCCCACAAGCUUCAGAUUUCCAAAGUGAGGAAAAAGGAUGAAGGCUUAUACGAGUGCAGGGUGACCGAUGCCAAUUACGGGGAGCUUCAGGAGCACAAGGCCCAGGCCUACCUGAAGGUCAAUGCCAACAGCCACGCGCGCAGGAUGCAGGCCUUCGAAGCCUCGCCCAUGUGGCUGCAAGAUGCGAAGCCUCGCAGGAACGCGUCGGCCGCGGUUCCCAGCAGCGCCCGCAGCGCGGCGGCCCAGCGAGCGCACUCCACCGCCAGCCCCGGCGCGGUGGCCGGGACCCCCAAGCAAAGUCCACAAUCAGUGCAUGCCAAGACAUUCAUGAGCACCAGAGCCAAGCUGGCGAGCUAAUUAAAUAUAUAAUGUAUGUGUUUAAAACAGCCUAAUAAGGAACAUUGGAAAUCUUCAAGAUGAGCGAAUAUCUUAUAACUUCUUCCGCAGGUGCGAGGAUAGCUACAAGCCAUGGACUUUCUGUCCUGCUUCUUGUUUGUGGCUUUGUGAAGGGUGCUUUGCUUUAAUCUAAAGUGCUGACUUUUUUCCAAUAUCACUUUCUCUUCUUAAAGCAAAGAGCAAAUCGCCUGUAAAAUCUACGGAGCGGACAGCAAAGUUGACCCUAAACUCCAAGCACCACCGUGCACCCACUGUACUCUAAUUAACUACACAAGGAGCGCCUGCUUCCGGAGCAUAAACGAAGAGGCUAUCACACGCUUUGCUGAUAAUAUUUUCUUUGGCAAAUCACUGAUCUUUUAUUUCAAGAGAAUUAGUGUGGAGUGAUAGGACAUUUUCCAACAGCAAGACCUGUUUUUUUCCUUUUCUUUUGGCGACUAAAAUCAUCAUUUCACUGACUGCUCAGGGGUUGGCCUGAAGUCCCUUGGUAUAGUAAAUAUUUACAAUGGAUAUCACCGAUUUCCUAGUAAACGACCCUAUUAUCUGCAGGCAGAGAUCAAAAGGCAACAGAAGAUAAACUACCAUCAAACAAAACCCCUUUGGGGGCAAGAACAAAAUUAUCAACAUUGCAAGUCAACAAGGAAGACAUUAUUUUAAAUAAGGAAUAGCAAAAGGAAGAAUUUUUUUUAUUUUCUCUUUUUUCUUGGAUUUUUUCUUCUUUUUCUUGAUUACAGUUCUUGUUCAAUGGUGGCAAGUGCUGAUUAUGGCCAAUCCCUGUCAAUUCUGGGAGGUUUAUAUAAAUACAUUUUGAGUGUUCUACAUUUCAGUGUAUUUUAAUUCAUUUCACAAUUCCUGUAUAUGCAAACCUGACAAAUUCUGUAAAUUGCUUAGAGUAUGUGUGCUAUAACUUCAAAGUAGAUGUACUAUGACCCUCAUGCAAGCUGAUUUUUAUCAUUAUAUAUAUAAAUAUAUACUUACGAAUAUCUGUAUGUUGGGCCACCAACUGACAUUUUGAUAAAGCAUUUGUUUUCCAUUGAUACUUCACACAUCAUGUGACUUCCAUAGCGCAUUGCUUCACUGCCAGUCUGGCAGCUGCAGGUGGUCUCUGCUCCUCUGCUUCCUUCUGGAACAUGCACAUUCACAAUUGCGUCAGUCUCUGACGGAGGGACUGACUUUGUUGCCUGUGCCACGUUGGAGUUGGCUAUGUUCCUUCACACAUGGUGUUUGCUGAGGUUUGAGGGUCUCCUGAUUCUGAAGAACAUGCUCUAGUUGUGACAGCUGUCCCUAUAUUAUUACCAUUAUUACUAUUGUUAAAAAAGAUGUUGCUUCUAGAAAAUUUGCCUUGCUGGUGAGUGUGGGGAAGGCGAUGCUAUCCACGGUGCCCUAAAUUCUGGAAGAUUAUGUCUCACUAUGGCUGGAAAUGCUGCUUCCUUUGACCUUAUGAAUUUUCGUGGCUUUGUCAUUCUGUUAUUUGCUGCUAAUUAUAUUUUAAUGUCUCCUAAUUAAAAAUUAAAAUUUGGUUGUUGGCUAAAUACAAUAUGCAAAAGAUGACUACAGAUCCCUGACUAAGAAGAUUAAUGUGCUCAGUUUUCGCUAGUUAAGUGAAUUAUAAUUUUAAAUAUUCCACUCUUAUUUUUAGAUUUAUGAUAAUUCAGAUAUUUUAUUUAGAGCCUGUUUUCUGCUCUGGCAAAGAAAGACAGGUGGAACGAUUGGUGCGCUCCACAUACACCAUGGACUUGGUGUGGCUUUAGAGAGAUGUGCCCUCAGUUUUCCUUCCAGAGAGAGUCUUCCAUUUUCUUUUAUUACAAAACCAGAAGAUGAUCUGUGUGGGACCAACAGCUCCCAGCCUACAAUCCUAAAUGAAGCUCGAAGGCUAUGAGUACCUUUACUUUUCAAAGGUAAACACAUUGAUUCUCUGCAAUUCAGUCAUAAGCAAUGUGCAUAUUUUCAUGAUAUUCUUGGCAUUAUCUUCUGAGAAUUAAUGUUUCAUGCUAAAUCUUUUAUUGCCAUUUUUCUUGUUCAUUUGGUUUAUUGUUUCAGUCUAAUGAGAAAAAUAAAUAAAGGUUUUGAUUGCACUAUUUUAUUAAUCUAUAAAUGUAUUUUCUUUCAAAGUUUAAUACUUAAAAUGCAUAAAAUAAUGGUAAGAUAAAUAUCAUCUAUUAACUCUAUCUGGCCUUAAAGAUUACAUACAUUAAAGCAUAAUUUAGUAUACUGUUUCAAAUUCAGUCAAUCUUGGAAACUCUACCAUGUAAUGCACUUUUACCCAAAGUUCAGGUCAUGAGAUCAGUCAGUUCUAAAGCAAGACAGAUUUGUACCUGUACCAAUGAUGCUUAUCAUGCUCAUAAUAAAGGACAUGUGCUAGCGCGGGAAGAACUCUCACUAAACUCAUUGUGUCAGUGCCCAAAACAAUGAAGAUUUAUUUGCCACUGUGCUACCAAAAGUCCAAUUUGCUGGCCACUUUGAGAAAGAACAUGGCACUCUGGGCUCCAAACUCAAAAAGUUAAUAUGGAACCUUCAAUAUUGGAAUAAAAACUGUGACAUAUUACGGAGACCCUCUAGUGGUUUUUCCCUUAUAUUAUGACUCCCUGGGACUAUAACUUUGUAAGUAACCAUAAUUAUGGAAAUAAAUAAAGAUUGAAAAGUACGUUA